GAUUUCAACAGGUGUGACGUCAACUAUCGAUCCUGUUAGAUUUCUCAUGUUUAUAGUGCACAUGUUGCCAUGACAAUAAACCACGGGAACCGUACACGCGCACUCGACACUUAUCGAUUUUCGGAAGGAAGAGUGUCUGGAUUGUGUGGGAGUCGUUCUGGAGGAUCGCUGCAUUUAUUUAGCAUUCCGAGUCAUCGAAUGUGGAAAUGAUCCAUAGGCUCAGUUUCAAGAGGGGAUCAUGGCAUUCUUCCCUUGCCGUACAGACUCAAAGUUGUUUGCUGCGGCUUUCCUCAUAUUCAACGUGGGUUUGGCCUUCUAUAACAUUCUGACAUUCCGGAUCUCUAGUUGGAACAACACUCCUUGCAUCGUGAUCGUCAACGGCAACGUCACUCGUCCUCCUACUACUACGGUGGCACCCGAAUCCACGUGGCAGACCAAACUACGCGAAAAGUACACUAUCAUUCGAGAUUACAUCGUUGCCGACGAGGAUCACAGUGGUAACGGCACCAUCACACUAACCACUCAAGGUACCUACGAGUUCGUGCAUCACGUGGAGGAGUUAUGCAUCAGGUGGAAUGCUCCCGUUUCUGUGGCAGUAUACGCUCCGGGGCACGACUUCGAGCUGGCAGUUAAAUGGAUUCUCUACCUGCGUAACUGUCGCCAUUCCUGCGUGCAGUCGAACGUCACUUGGCACAUGUUCUUUGAACAGAAGCACGCUCCUCUUCACGAGCAGUUGCUGAUGAGGAAGGAAGGAAGUCAAACUUUCAAUUGCAGCGAAGCACCAAAUGGUACCUCCGACUAUCGAAAAGUUAAGAAAUUACCGUAUCCCAUCAACGUGGCUCGCAAUUUGGCUAGGCAACGUGCUAGAACUCGUUACGUCAUGGCUUCCGAUAUAGAAUUAUACCCCAGUAUCAAUAUCGUGCCCAGAUUUUUGGACAUGGUCACUAAAUUGACAAGCUCUGGCCGUCGCGUUUUCGUCCUUCCGCUGUUCGAGAUCAAAAAGAGUAUGAAACCUCCAAACACCAAGAAAGAACUCGUAGUUAUGGUGUCCAAAAAGGAAGCAAUUUUUUUCCAUAAAUGGACUUGCGAUGCUUGCCAGCAUUUUCCUAAGAGGGAAGAAUGGUUGAAGGUCCUACCUCCCGAAAAUACUUUGUCCGUUUUUCACGUUACGAAACGACAGAAACCGCGUGGAUCUUGGGAACCCAUUUACAUAGGUACUAACGACGAACCUAUAUAUGACGAAAGACUCACCUGGGAAGGAAAGAGAGAUAAAAUGUCUCAGAUGUAUGAGUUAUGCCUCUUAGACUACAACUUGCACAUUUUGGAUAAUGCCUUCUUGGUGCACGCCCCAGGUAUCAAAACAGUUAUAGCCGCGGAAGAACGCAAGAGGGCCAAGUAUAUAUACGAAAACAACAAGAUUUACGGACAGAUUAUUUCUCAUCUUAAACAAAAAUAUGGAGAAAAACCCGGGUGUUAACGUAUUUUCUAGUUUUAUUCAUAAGAUGCGGUUAUAACGCAUAUGUAUGGUGAUGCCUGCACAGUGACAAUCCCGCUACAGCUUGCUCACACCUUAAAUUUUCCCUACAAUACUUCCAUUUUAAAAAUUCACAUCACACGUAAAGUUAUACGUGACGGGUCGACUGUACUUUUAAAAGAACGCAGAUAAAGGCUAAUUUUUGUAAACACUGAUAAAUCACAUUUCGAAAUUACACAAAAUCAUUAUUAUUCCUUUGUUGUUGCUUAAAAAUUCCUGGAAUGAUACACGUUGUAAACAUUACCUUAUGUGGAGUAAUUGGCAGAUAUUUAAACCCUGUACACGUUUUGCGACGUAAUGUUAAGUGAUCACUUAUUUUAGUCGGACAUUAUUAUUAAAUUUCGAGUAUCCCCCACCCGACGCGUUACAAAUUUUACUUUACCAACUCAAUUGGAAUUCAUAAACUACGGCUGUAUCUACAAAAUGCGUGUUGGUCGCGAUCGCUUCUAAACCUGUACAAGACGGGUACGAACCGUUUAUUUUUUGAGUUGCUGUUAAAUUUUAGUAAUUUUGCAGCCAUUUCAAUUAAUUCAAAGUAAAAGUUAAUAAUUUAGAGUUCAAAAAUUGAAAUUAGACGUAGUUUUCAACCAGCGAGAACAAUUUUGGCAUUUUAGUGACCCUUCUACUCGCACUAAAUCGCGUUAAAUACACGAACAAAUUGGAUCCUCAGGUACAAAUUAUAGUAUUUUUCCGAUUUUUGUUGAGCUUCCCCCAAAAUUAAAAAUAACUGUGAUAUAAUUACAUGUGAGUCAUAUAUUUUACAAUUCAAGUUCAUUUACAUUGUUGUUAAGUGCGCUUUCGUGUACAAGUCUUCAUUUCCUUAUAACUUUCGAGCAAAAUAUAUUUUUCCUUUUCUGUUAAAAAAUCAAGAAAUGUA